GGUUUUGUCUGGGGAUGAAAUUCUGUUAAAUAAAAACCACUGGCGGAAAACUGGAGUACAAAGUGGGGUCCAAGUCCAGAGGGUGAUAUGGCCGGAAGACGACUAGGGGUGACUUGAGUAGCGUAUGCUUUUUGCAUGGAGGAAGAAGAAGAAGCAGCAGCCGCAAGCCGUCCAUAUUGACUCUUUUUUUUUUUUCUCUCUCUCUUCCAAAACCAAAAUCUAGAACCCUCUCUGCACGUAUAUCUUAAUGAUUCUCUUUCAUCUGAAUACGACCCUUUUCUGAAAUCCAAGCUAAACCAUCUACCUUUCUAUGUAAUAACCAAUCCAUGCUCUUUUGAUUAACUUUCUCAGGUGUCCAACCAGGAGGUUUUUUUUAAGUCUCUGUUUGUUCUCGACGGAUUCUGCUACUAAGAGCUGUUUCUGGAAUUGGGAAAAUCCUAUGUCCUGAUUGCUUGCUAAGAGGAGUAUCUACCAUCAAAGGCUAGAAAAAUGGGGGCCUCAGGCUCCAAAAUAGAAGAAGAUAAAGCAGUGCAGCUAUGUCGUGAAAGGAAGAAGUUUAUAAAGCAGGCACUUCAUUUCAGAUGGUUGCUGGCAACCACUCAUGUUACAUAUAUUCAGUCAUUAAGAAGUACAGGAAGUGCUCUUAGGAAGUUUGUUGAGCCUGAAGCUCCAGUUGAAUCUUCCUUGUACACUUCCACUAAUGCAACCCCAGAACCACCUGCUUUAACUGAGAAGUCUCUCUCUCAGCAAUCAUUCUCUUCUCCAUAUAGUCCACUACAAGUAGAUAUAACUGAAACCUUUUCUCCAUCUCCUUCUCCUCCCAGUUCCAGUCACUUUCAAGCAAACCAUAUGAAAUUUUUUGGUUUUCCAUCAAAAAAGAUUGAAGAAAGACCCUCUGAGCCUGUUAUUGCUACGGUGACAGCUUCAAAUCCUCCACAGAAUACUGCACGUCAUUCCACUGAAAAACCAGAAUCAUCACCAAUUGAGGGAUCUUCUGUGCGACCAGGAACUCCACUAUGGGAUUACUUUGCUCUUUCCCAUCCAAUUGACCAUCAAUUUUCCUUUCAAGAAGGGAAGGAAUUGAACCAAGGUUUGGAGAAUGCUUAUUCUACAAGGCAGCUUAGGGAACAGGAGGGAAUUCCUGAGUUUGAAGAAGAAGAUAAAGCGUCUUUCUGUGAAAGGGAAGAAUCUUGUGAUUCAGAUGAUGAAUUUGAUGAGCCUUCUGCAGAUACCCUUGUUCGAAGUUUUGAGAAUUUGCAUAGGGUACAUGAGCAUAAUGCGGCGAGUGCAUCGCCCAUUUUACAUUCUGGAGGAAGUGUAGCUUCAGAAACUGAGUUCAUGAAUGGGGAAAGAAACUCUCCUGAUUUAUCACCGUUAAAGGCCACAUCAUCAACUGUUAAUGGUCCAACUGAUGCAAACAAAAAACCUUUGAAAGAAGAUUCUGCUGGAAAUGAGGUUUCUCCUAAAGACUUCCUUUCAAGCAUGAAGGAGAUUGAGUCUCUCUUUACAAAAGCUUCUGAUUCUGGGAAAGAAAUUCUAAGGAUGCUUGAAGCAAAUAAAUUGCAUUUUCGGCCAAUUUUCCCAGGGAAAGAAAGUGUAUCAAAGGCGUCCAUUUUCCUCAGGGCUUGUUUCUCUUGUGGGGAAGAUCCAAGCCAAGUUAAAGAGGAGCCUCCUCAAACUUCUGUGAAGUACUUGCCUUGGCAUAGGACAACUUCAUCGUCUUCAGCUGGGAAUUCAAUGGGAUUAAACGUGAAAGAUGAUGUCGAGGACCUUACCACCAACAAUCUUUUCAAUGACAUCUGCAUGAUCUCAAGUGGUCAUGCCUCAACCUUGGAUAGACUAUAUGCAUGGGAGAGGAAGCUUUAUGAUGAAGUGAAGACCAGUGACGCAGUCAGAAGGGCGUAUGAGUUAAAGCGCAAAGUUUUAAGGCAGCUAGAAUCAAAGGAAGAAAGUCGCCACAAAAUUGAUAAAACUCGAGCUGUUAUCAAGGACUUGCACUCAAGAAUUAGAGUUGCAAUUCACAGAAUUGACUCAAUAUCUAAAAGAAUUAAGGAUUUGCAGGACAAAGAGCUGCAGCCCCAACUAGAAGAAUUGAUGAAAGGGUUAAGACGGAUGUGGGAAGUGAUGCACGAAUGCCACAAUCAUCAGUUUCAAGUCAUCUCUGCAGCAUACAACGAUGGCAACCUGAAAAUCUCUGUACAGUCUGAGUCACAUCGGCUAAUCACUGCUCAUCUUGAAAUUGAACUCAGCUCUCUCGCCUCGAAUUUUACUAAGUGGAUAGAUGCUCAGACAUCUUAUAUUCAGGCCAUAGACAAUUGGCUCUUAAAAUGUGUCUUUAUUCAAAAACCUCCAAAGCGAAAAAGAAAGCAUACUCCUGAAGCCUUCAGAGGGUUUGGGCCUCCGAUAUAUGUCAUGGUUGGUGGCUGGUUGGAGAAGACUAAAACCUUACCCAAAAGAGAAGUCUCAGACUCCAUUAAGGGUUUAGCAGCUGAAGUAUCUCACUUUUUACCACGCCAGGAGAAGAAUCAAGGAAAGAGGACUAGUCAUCCAUUUUCAACACUGUGGAAGGGUGAUACCAACAGUGAUUCAGGAGUUAAUCUAUUAAGAGACGAUGUCUCAGAGGAAUGGGUUUCAGGUUUUGACAGGUUUUAUAAUAGCUUGGUUGAAUUUCUUAGUCAGUUGAAUAAAUUUGCAGAGGCUUCUUUGAAGAUGUAUGCAGAAGUUGAUAAAGAGACAGAACCUAUCAAAAUUAAGCAUAAUGAGGAGUCUGCCCGCAAUCCCAAGAGCAGCACCAAUGUUUAAGAAUGCCCCAGAGGAAAAGAUUUUGGAUGGAGAGGAUAGGCAUCAUCAAGUCAUCAAGGGUUACAUGGCAAUUAUGAUAAAAAAAAGAAUGCAUGAAAUUGUGAAACAUUUCUGUUUCAGACAGGAACUUUAAAGGAAACUGCCAUUUGUAUACUGAGGAAGGUGUUAGAGGAUGUUCAUGGUACAUUCAAGUUGUCAAUAAAGGAGCUACUUGUUUAAUCAGAUGUCAUAAACAGGGUGGUUCAAAGUUUAAAGUUGUUGUUACAUACUAGGAUAUGUAACUAACCUUUGUACAUCAAGUAUAGAAACUGAGUUGAAUUUCCAGCCCUGGUGUUCUUACCUUGACAAUGGUACCACACUAAAUUCUUACUAUCAUUCCAUUAUGUGAGUUUUAUAGGCUCUCUUCUUGCAUUAGGAUUCAGAAUACAAAGGGCAAAAUACC